ACUUCGCCUUUUCCUCAUCACUGUAGCAAUGAAUGCUCUAUUUAAAGGAAGCCUCCUACUCAACACCAACACACAACCUUAACAAAAUCUCAAAUGGAUUUUCUUCUAAAUUACCUGAAUUCCACUACCGUUGGACUUCUGUCUCUAAUCCUCUUCUGUUUAUUUCUGUAUAAUCCCUUCAAAUUUCGACAAGGUAAAGAGGCUCCCAGAGUUGCAGGAGCAUGGCCAAUACUUGGUCACCUUCCAUUGUUGAGUCGUUCAAAGACACCCCAUAGAACUUUGGCUGCUUUGGCUGAAAAAUAUGGACCCAUCUUCACCAUCCAACUUGGUUCAAAAAAGACUGUGGUAAUCAACAACUGGGAAAUAGCAAAGGAAUGUUUCACCACAAACGACACGGCGGUUUCCUCUCGCCCCAAGCUUCUUGCCAUGGAGCUCAUAGGCUACAACAACGCCGUGUUUGGCUUUGCACCCUAUGGUCCCUAUUGGCGCGAGCUUCGAAAGAUUACAACUUUAGAGAUCCUUUCCUCUCGUCGAGUGCAACAACAGCAGCAUGUUCGAGUCUCAGAACUUCAAAGCUCGAUCAAAGAGUUGUAUAACCUUUGGUGUAGCCAAAAGAAUGAGUCUGGCUAUGCCUUAAUGGAGCUGAAGCAAUGGUUUUCUCACCUGGCUUUCAACAUGGUCCUUCGCAUGGUGGUUGGGAAGCGAUAUUUUGGCAGUGAAAACUUGGACGAUGAGAAGGCACAGCGAUUUGUGAAAGCUGUGGAGGAAUUCAUGCGUCUGUUGGGUGUGUUCGCAGUGGGAGAUACUAUUCCUUGGUUGAGAUGGCUUGAUUUUGGAGGCCAUGAGAAGGCAAUGAAAGAAAUUGCCAAAGAAAUAGACAGUAUUUUAGGUGAGGAGUUAGAGGAACAUAGACAAAAGAAGGGUUUGGGUGAGAAGGUUGAUGAAGUUCAAGAUUUCAUGGAUGUCAUGAUUUCCUUGUUUGAUGGAAAAACUAUUGAUGGGAUUGAUGCAGAUACCUUGAUCAAAUCCACUGUGCUGACAGUGAUUUUAGGAGGAACUGACACAACUAAUAUUGUUCUUACAUGGGCAAUAUCUUUGAUAUUGAGAAAUCCUUCUGUACUGGAAAAAGCUAAAACCGAACUAGACAUUCAAAUUGGGAAAGAAAAUCUGGUGACUGAGUCGGAUAUAAGUAAGUUAACAUAUCUUCAAGCCAUAGUCAAAGAAACUAUGAGAUUGUAUCCUCCUGCUCCUCUUUCGGGACCUCGUGAAUUCACAGAGAAUUGUACUUUAAGUGGUUAUAACAUAGAAAAGGGAAGUCGUCUAAUUACAAAUCUUUGGAAGAUUCAAACAGAUAGCAAUGUUUGGGAAGAGCCGUUGGAAUUCAAACCAGAAAGGUUUCUAACAACUCACAAAGAUGUUGAUAUCAAAGGUAAACAUUUUGAGUUAUUACCAUUUGGAAGUGGUAGAAGAAUGUGUCCAGGAGUAUCCUUUGGCCUUCAAAUGGUGCAUUUUAUUCUUGCUACUUUUUUACAUUCUUUUGAAAUUCUAAGUGCAUCACCUGAUCCUAUUGAUAUGAGUGAAACCUUUGGAUUAGUCAACACCAAAACCACUCCACUUGAGAUUCUUAUUAAACCACAUCUAUCUUUUACUUGUUAUCAAAACCUCUAAUCCUUGUGUCAACUACAUGAUCACAUUGGAUUUUUCUUCCA